AUGUCGUCGUCUCCUCGUCUCCUCUCCAGGGCGGACGCCGAUUCCAUUCCAUUCUCCCUCUCCGCAGGCGAGAGCCAUGGAACAGACGCUAGUGCACUGCGAGUUCCUGGCCAUGAAGGGCGAAUCGAAGUUCUGCGCCACGUCGCUAGAAUCGAUGUUGGAUUCGGCAACUACCUUGUGGGCAGACUUCCUACAGGAAUGGGUUAUGCUCUAAAGGAUUUAGAAGCCUUUUUUUUGCUUGACAAUUUUCUCUCUGGAGUGAUACCAUACUCCAUCUCAAAUUGUUCAAAACUUACUGUCUUAUCCAUUGCCGGGAACGAAUUCAGUGGCACCUUGCCUACAUUUCUUGGUAAUCUAAGGCGACUUGAACGACUAUAUUUAGGUGCUAACAACUUCACUAACAAUGCUGCAUCACGAGAGUUAAGUAUCAUCAACGCUUUGGCGCGUUGCACUUAUUUAAGAGAAGUGAACUUAGAUGAUAACCCAUUACAUGCUAUCCUUCCUGCAUCAAUUGGGAAUCUUUCUUCCUCUCUUGAUUAUCUCUCUAUAGCAGGUUCUGGGUUAAAGGGCAUCAUUCCAAAUCAACUUGGAAACUUAAGUAACUUGAUUUAUUUGAAUUUGGAAAGCAAUACCUUGACUGGGAUUAUUCCACCAAUGCUAGGUAGGGUGCUUAAGGUUCAAGUGUUGUAUCUUGAUAAUAACAAAUUGAGUGGUCCUAUUCCUCAUACCCUUUGUGAACUCCAGUAUCUGGGUGAGAUAAGUUUAAGCAAUAAUCAACUGUCUGGUGGGGUGUUGAAAUGUUUUGGUAAUAGCACUUCCCUUAGAAAAGUCUACUUGGGUUCAAAUCGUUUGUCUUUUGGAAUUCCUCCAAGUUUGUGUUCUCUUAGGGAUCUGCUGGUACUUGAUUUGAGUUCUAAUUUCUUGGGUGGAUUUAUACCCAUUGAAGUUGCAGGUUUAAGGGCACUCUACUCUCUUGACCUGUCAUACAAUGAGAUCUCAGGAAAUAUCCCGGUCACAAUUGGGCAACUGCAAAAUUUGAAAUCUAUUUCCCUUGCACACAAUAGAUUAGAAGGUUUUAUUCCUGAGCAAAUAAGUCAAAUUGUUUCUUUGGAAUUCUUGGACUUGUCUCUGAACAAACUCUCUGGUUCGAUUCCAAUGUCUUUGGAAAGACUCGCAUACCUCAAAUACUUUAAUGUCUCGUUCAAUAGAUUGAGUGGUGAAAUUCCAUCAAGAGGUUGUUUCGAAAACUUCACAAGUGCAUCAUUUAUGUUUAAUGAGGAGCUUUGUGGAAUUCCUAGAUUUAAUGUCCCAGCCUGCCAUUCUGCCCACCAUUCAAGAAUUAAAACAAGACUUCUUGCUUCCCUUACAUCUUUAGGAGCUGUAGUAAUAAUUACUUUUGUAAUUAUUGCUCUUAUUAUUUCAAGGAAACCAAAGAAAUGUGAAGCCCGAAGUGUGAUGGGUAUCCGCAUUCCAUUACCAGAAGUAAGGGUUUCUUAUUAUGAACUCUCAAGGGCUACUUGUGGAUUUAGCCAAAGUAAUCUCAUAGGUUCGGGGGGUUUUAGUUCCGUGUAUAAAGGGAUUUUGGAAAAUGGAACGUUGGUAGCGGUGAAAGUGUUUAAUCAAUCAGAAAGUGCCCUAAUGAGUUUUGAAGUUGAGUGCGAAAUUCUCAGGAGUUUGCGCCACCGAAAUCUCACCAAAGUGAUUGCUGGUUGCUUUAUUGACAACUUUAAAGCCUUGAUUCUGGAGUACAUGUCGAAUGGAAGUCUUGACCAAUGGUUACAUUCACAAAGUAACAUCUUAGAUAUUGUUCAAAGGUUGAAUAUAAUAAUUGAUGUUGCGUCAGCUUUGGAGUAUCUUCAUCAUUACUACUCAAAACCAGUGGUUCAUUGUGACUUAAAGCCUGCGAAUGUGCUCUUAGACGAAGAAAUGGUUGCCCAUGUAAGCGAUUUUAGUGUGACAAAGUUGUUAACUAAGGAGGAAGCCUUCACACACACAGAAACUCUAGCAACAUUGGGCUAUAUGGCACCAGAAUAUGGAUUGAUGGGAAUGGUAUCUACACAAUGUGACACUUACAGUUUCGGAAUUGUGGUAAUGGAAACAUUUUCGAAAAGAAGACCCACAGAUGAGACUUUCAACGAGGAUAUAAGCUUGAAAAGUUGGAUAAGAGAUUCUGUACCUCAUCAAAUACUUCAAGUUGUAGAUCCCAACUUAAUAAGGGUCGAGGAUACAGACUUCACUGAGAAAUUGCAGUGUGUAUCCUCUAUAUUGGAAUUGGCAUUGCAAUGUGUUAUGGAAUCUCCUGAAAUGCGAUUAAACAUGAAAGAUGUUGUGGCAAGGUUGAAUAGAAUAAAAGUUCAGUUUCUUAAAGGUGGUGGUGGUGGUGUUGUGACCUCAAAGAUGGUGGAGCUAAAAGUCAGAGGAUGUCAACUCAUACAGAAGAUAGAUCAAAUAUAG